UUUUACCCUAACCGGAAAUCCGUGAGUGGGAUCUUCUAUCCUGCAGCAGAACAGGUCCCAGCGGUGUUUGGGAUCCACCUAGUGUCUACGUUAACAAAUCGAGUGAUGUUUUUCUGUUUGUUUGUUUUAAUGGUCUUUUCUCGCUAAUUUCAGCCACUGGCCACUGACUACCAAGCACACUGACUGCAUCAUGGUAAACCUCUGCUGCCUCUGUUGCGGUGAACUCCCUGAACCCCGCCCCCCUCCGCCCGGUCAGCCGGGAGCAGCGCGGGACUCCCGCUCCGCACAGCAGCAACAUCAGCAGCAGCAGCCUGCUGGCUCCGGCCCAGACGCCUCAGGGCUGAGGGGGGCACGGAAGGAGGGAGUGAACGGAGGGGCAUUUGGAGCAAAGCAAGUGAAUAAAAAAGAGUGAGCUUACAGUUUCUCUCGGACAUGCGAAAAGUGCAGCAUGCUCUCUUCCGAUCAGGACUCUGCGGCGGCCAGCGGUCUCAAUGAUGCUGAGGGAGAAGUGGAGGAGGAGGAGGAGGAGGACUCACCAGCUGAAAGUGAUGUCCCGGAGGAGCAGCGUCCAGUUAAGCAGUCCCUGGGUGCUUGCGUCUGCCGGGAGUCCCAUUGGCGCUGCCUGGUGCUCUCCCUGCUCAUGUACAGCUGUCUGGGCGCAGUUGCCUGGUGUAAGCUGACCCGGGUCACCAAGAUAAGUUUCAACUCUGCCCUCACCUCCUCAUUCACCUCCUCCUUUACCUCCUCCCUGCGGGGCGCCUCUGGGGUGGGCGUUGGAGGACAUGCGAUGAUCUACCACGACAGCCCCUGCUCUGACGGCCUCAUCUACAUCCCCCUGUCCUUCCUGCUCAUGAUCUACGUGUUGUACAUUGUGGAGUGCUGGCACUGCAGAGCCAGGAGUGAGCUGCAGUGCAAAGCAGACGUGGACAGCGUGUACGAGCGGGUGCUUCGGAUGCAGCAGGCCCAGCCUUGCAUAUGGUGGAAGGCUAUCAGCUACCAUUUUGUUCGACGGACGCGACAGGUCACUCGAUAUCGCAACGGGGACGCCUACACCACCACGCAGGUGUACCAUGAGCGAGUCAACACUCAUGUGGCUGAGGGCGAGUUUGACUACAGCCACUGCGGCAUGAAAGAUGUAUCACGCGACCUUAGAGGCUUGGAGGGACAUCCAGCGACUCGCCUGCGCUUCACUAAGUGUUUCAGCUUCACCGAGGCAGGUCCAGAAAACGAUUACCUCAACCAGAGAGCCAGGUUCUUCUCUGAAAUCGAAGGUUUAGAUGAUUACAUGGAAGCUCGGGAGGGGAUGCAGCUAAAGAAUGUGGACUUUAGAGAAAACCUAAUAGCCUAUGUAGACCCAGACAGGAUGCCUUGGUACACUUCCCAGGUUGCCUUCUGGCUGGCAGCUCUGCUCAUGCUUUCCUGGCCUCUGAGAGUGCUCAUAGAGUACCGCACUGCUUAUGUGCACUAUCGCAUAGAGAAACUGUUUGGGUUGGAGUACGCCCAGAGCAGCCCCUCUCCUCUAGAUGAAGACAGGCCUGUGGGGAGCAAUAUUGGUUGCGUUAUUCCCAGAGUUGACACACUGGACAGCACUGAGAUGGAGUGGCAUAUACGCUGCAACCGCCAGGUGAUUCCCAGCUACUCAGAGGCGAUGCUGCUAAACAUGAGGACAGAGGCCUCUAAUUCAUUACAAGACACGUCUUCCUCUGACUGCCUCCUACUGGACAGCAGCCAGACUGCUGAGAGCUACGGAGCUCUCCAAAGCCAGGAUGAUUGUGAGCAGUGCAGCGAGCCGAGUGGACAGGGAGCUGGAGGAGGCAGGAGGAGGACAAUCACCAGCUCCAGCUGCUCCUCCCUCUUCUCCUGCCGCGGAGCACUGUUUCACUCGCACCUCUCCUUGGACACUUCUCGGUUCUCCCUCUGCCGCAUGUACGGCUCCCAUCGCACCGUGGCGCUGUGGGGGAGCCGCAGCAGCAACCUGACGGACCCCUGCUGCGCGGACGAGCAGUGCUGCCGGUCCGACUCCAGCCAGCUGGCGCUCAGCGACAGUCCACCAACUUACAGAGACGCACGCUUCUUUCCUGUUCUUAUUGUGCAUCGGUCCGAGGGCAGCGAGGGCGGGAGGGAAGUAAGGCGUUAUUAUAUACGAAGAGGGUCGUCCUGCGUGGAGACGGCCUUGUGAAAGAUUAGAAAUGAGACGGUUUUUAAUGUCAGAUAUGAUGGAGGGUGUGGAGUCGAGUUCGUCACUAUUCAAGAGACAGAAUAAAGAUGUGUGGAUAAAAUAUGCACUUUCAGAAAAUAUCACAGUUAAAAAGAAAGUAAACCAAACUCAAGAUUUUUUUUACGUAUUUUUUGAACCCAGCUACAAAUAAUGAUAGUGUUGAACUGAAUUUACAGCCAGACAGCCUCUGUGAAAACAUCUGCAGUGUUUUUUAUCUUGCAUCUCCUUGCUGCAUGAUCUGGGCAUCCCACUAAUUUGUCAUCUGUAUUUUCCAUCUUGGAAAUCAAAGGCUGGCUGAUCUUGUGUGUGGUGUACCUGUAUGGUUACAGAACAGUGGUCCAUUCAGAGACACAUGUAAGAAUAAUAUGUGAAAUUUGAAAAGUUGCAUGCUGUUGCAGAUCAUUUAGAUAAUUAAGAGCAAGUUGAAACCAAAGACUGCUUUUUAAAAAUAUAUUAUUUUAUUAUUGAGACCUACAAAAAAUAACGAGAAAUAUGUGGAUUCGAGACAACAGCGUGAAUGUUUAAGUGAAAAUAAAGGUGUCAAAAAGGGAUGAAAAUUCCUAAAAUCAUGAUGAAUUUUAUCAUUGCAGUAAACUUUUUUUUAAAUAAAAAUGUAAAAAUAUAUUGCAUUACAUGUGAUUGUCGGGCUCUCAAAGUAUAAGAUGAGAAAGAGACAGAGACAAAACAAGGAAACAAGUUUUUUUUUUUGUUGCUCUGAUCACAUUGAUCCAAAGCGACAAUGUCACACACUCUCAGACUCACAGCUCACUGGUACGUCUCCUGCCCUUAACUGCGAGGGCAGAAACUCUAAAGAUAGUGUUGGGACUUCACUUCAAAUAACACCAGAGGGAGGAGUGGUACAAAUGAAGCAUGUAUUGAUACAAAAAUAAAUUCAACACGCCUUUUAAACUGGAGAGCUCAUUUAUGAAUAAUAUGAGCUUUUGAUCUUCUUAUUAUUAUCAUGGGGUAAGUAACUGAACUAAUAUUGUGUCCCUGGUUGUUAAUCUUCGAGACUUUCAAAAUAUAUGAGAUCGCUAGAUGAAGCUGUAUACAAAAGGAAACUUUGGUGUUUUAAGAGAUGUAGAGAAUUGAAGUGAAAAAUUGAUCAUUUUAUGAUUAAAAAACUAUUUUCACCCUGUUUUUCUUGGCUGUUCACACAAAAGACACCUGAUAAUAAUACUUAUGAGAUUACUAAAUAAAGUAAAUAGUUCAUGAAAGUAAAAAUGUGUUUAAAUUUGCCAAGUUUGGUAUAUUAUUAUUAUGGAAUUAUUUAUGCACUUAACAUAUAGCAAUGCUUAAAUAUUGUAACCAUGCAUCCUAGUUACUUUUUGUUACCGAGUGUACUGUUUUUUUCUUCCAUCUUGCUACUAGAUAGCAACAUAGGCCACAUUAUUUCCCAUAGAUUUGUGUUUUUGAGAGGGAAAUUUCAAUUUUGAAUACUGUCAUGCAUUAGUAUUACUUAAUCAUUAUUAACCAAAUUAAUGUUCAUGAAUAAAUUUUCACGUUUUAUUGUAAAAUUAUUUUAAAAUUGUGCGCUGAAUUGUAGUUUCACAGCGCUAAAAACAUAAGGCGUGUGACAGCGAGAUCUUUGGUGUUCUCUCUCGCCUCUCUAGUUUUAUUUAGAUAGGAAAUUAUUAGAGCCUGAGAUGCCGAUAUUAGCUAUUUGCCAAUAUAUCUGUAUCUGCAUUUCUAACUGCCAAUAAAUGAAAACUUAAAAAGUAGAUGAGCAACAACCUUCAACCGUUACGAGUGUUGAUGUUGCAUAGUUUGUCCACCAGUGGGCACUCUGCGACUACAGGUGUUUGUAACACCACAAACUCAACACCCAGCUGAUCCAAGUGGAGUGGCAGACCAUAAACAAGUAAUCCAUGACU